CUCUCUGCCUUCUCUUCUCCUCCCUCACCUCAACUCUCUCCCACCACUUCAUUCCACCGUCUGCGUUCUUACCCGCCAUAAUUCCGUUUUCGGUCGCCUCCCUCCUAUCUAUCACGUCUCUUAUCGUAGCCCUUCUUCCUCGUGCUUAUAAAUGUCAGAUUCUUCUCCAUCCUUCUCAACCGCUUCCUCUCUCUUCUUCCUCGCCUUUUAAAACCUCCUUUAUUCCAACCAUUUUUUCUCCCAUGUCCGUAAUUGAGGAUCUCUGGUCGAUGCUCCAGCUUGAGCGUCCUUUAGGAAACUCUCGCUCGUCAGGAUCGCUGUUCCAGUAUUUACGUGAAACCAUGACGAACUCAAGCUGCGGAGGGACCGACUUCGAGCUUUGCCGAGACGACUCCGCCGCAUUCGUCCUCAAGUUUGUGGCGAUCGCAUCCAUACUCAUCGCGGGGAUGACGGGCGUUGCCUUACCACUUUUCGGGAAAUAUCGGUGUAAUCUCCGCACAGACGGCAGCCUCUUCGUUGCCGCGAAGGCAUUCGCGGCGGGAGUGAUUCUGGCCACCGGCUUUGUCCACAUGUUAUCGGGUUCGUCGGAGGCCCUGACAGAUCCCUGUUUGCCCAAGUCAUGGUCGAAGUUCCCCUUCACCGGUUUCUUCGCCAUGAUCUCGGCCCUCUUAACACUCUUGGUUGACUUCGUGGGAACCCAAUAUUACGAACGGAAACAGGGGUUGGCGCGGGCCACUGAAAUCCAAGGACGGGUCGGGACGUCAGAGUCGGGUGUGGAAUCGGGAAUUGUGCCCGUUAUUGAGGUUAAGGACUUGAGUGGGAAAGUAUUUGGGGAAGAAGAUGGCGGUGGAAUGCACAUAGUGGGGAUGCAUGCACACGCCGCGCACCAUAGGCACAACCACCCACAAGGCCACGACGCUUGUCAUGGUGGUUUUAAGGAACAGUCGCAUGUUACCGGACACGGCCAUAGCCACUCCCAUGGAUUCGGAGACGAUGAGGAUGAAAACGGUGCCCGCCACGUCGUCGUUUCGCAGGUGUUGGAACUUGGGAUUGUAUCACAUUCUGUUAUAAUCGGGCUGUCUCUGGGAGUGUCGCAGAGCCCUUGUACCAUAAGGCCGCUGAUAGCAGCCCUAUCAUUUCAUCAAUUCUUUGAAGGAUUUGCUCUUGGAGGUUGCAUCUCCCAAGCUCAGUUCAAGACCUCAUCUGUAACCAUAAUGGCCUGCUUCUUCGCCCUAACGACGCCCUUGGGUAUCGGAAUAGGCACGGCGAUUUCUUCAGGCUACAACCCAUACAGUUCAGGAGCACUCAUAACGGAAGGCGUUUUGGAUGCUCUGUCAGCUGGGAUUUUAGUGUAUAUGGCUCUGGUGGACCUGAUAGCUGCCGAUUUUCUCAGCAAGAGAAUGAGCUGUAACUUCAGGCUGCAGAUAGCUUCAUAUUGUAUGCUUUUUCUCGGAGCUGGAUUGAUGGCUUCGCUUGCGAUCUGGGCCUGAUCCCUUUUAUUUGUAAGAUUCCAGAGUACAUAAUUUCAGGGGCAUUUUUCUGCUCGGUAACAAAGAGAGGGGGAGAUAAAUAACGUGAAGAUUGCCGGGACACAUGCUUCAUCUACUACACAUACGAAGCAAGGAACGCGGGAACAAACACAAGCACAAAGAGUCAUCCGUCAUUGAUGUCCUGCCCUCCUCCCUCUUGUGUGCGAUAGAACACCGAGGACUGAGAUAAUGGUCCAUGAAUGGUCCAAACUAUUGGGCCCAAGAUAUGUAACUUUAAUUGAUGUUUUAAUGAAAUGAAUUGAGGAUUUGAUUA